AUGGUCGCGCCGAGGAGGAGGCGGCGCUCCCCGUCCGGUCCAGAUGGACGGCCACACGCGGGAGGUGGGGAGCGGAGCGCCGGAGGAGCCAUGGCCUCGGAGCAGAAGGCCGCCGCUAGGGUUUCAAUCAAUCGGCCGGCCCUGCCGCCCAAGCUCAACGCCGGCGCGGACCGGAUCAGCGGUCUCCCCGACCACCUCCUCCUCGAGAUCCUCGAGCGCCUCGACCUGCGGGAGGCGGUCCGCGCCGGGGUGCUCUCGACGCAGUGGCGGCACCUCCCCAAGCACCUCCCACGAGUGGACCUCAACGUUGCUCACUUUCAGGGCGCGACGCCGCUCGAGGCCACGGACGCGUUCACGGGCGCGGUCCGGUCGUUGCUCGCCGGGGUUCCCCUCGCCGAGAGUGGCGCCCUCAAGUCCCUCGUCCUCGGCUUCUACAUGCCUUCCUCUCCUCACCUGAACACCAUAGGCCGCCUCGUCCAGGACGUCGUGAGCUUGGGCCAGACCGAAUGCCUUGAGUUUCGCACGUCCCUGCCGCCCCCCGAGCCGCUGCUCGAUGAGAUUGCGCGGCAGUUCAUGUCCUUCUGCCGCGCCUACCAGGUCGCCUUCUCUUGGCUCACGAGUCUUGCACUCGAGCGCCUUGUAUUUGACCAUUCUGACAUCACCGAGCUCAUCAGCGCUUGCGGUAGGCUCAGGCACCUCAGCCCGUGUGCCUUCAGACUGGUUGAUCUGCACUCCGUGCUCAAGAUCGACGUGCCGCACUCUGGAAUCCAGGAGCUCGAAUUCAGCUUCGUUGGGUGCAUGCUGAUCGAGCUCAUUUCUGUCCCUAAACUUAGGAAAGUGUGGUGCCAUUAUUGGUUCUCCCAGAACCCUCCAUUGAGCUUCGGCUAUGUUCCUGAGCUUCGCUUUGUAAGACUCUCUUCUAGAGCCCGGGCAUGGCAGGAGCCAUUCGCGUUGAGCGAGUGCCUGUCAAGGAGUGCCAGCAACAUGUCGAUACUUGCUCUCAAUUUCAGCUGCCCUAUAGAUUUGGAUUCUGCCAGAACAUCCGAAGAAGCUCACUGCUAUGUUCAGAAACCUGACCUCUGUGUUUCUUUGGGAUAUCUUCAAUGA